ACGCUCACACAGUUGGCCAAAAGAAACGUCUGUCUCUGGACCAAAGCGGAACGUACGGAGGCGAGCGAUCAAUAUUAAAGACGAGCAAUAAACGAUAACUGAAACUGAUAGGCGAUUAUCGAUUAUCGAUUAACGAUCAACGAUCAACGAUUACUGUGCUUCUGUUUGCCUGCUUUGAGUGUGUGUGUGUGCGUGUGCGUGUGUGUGAGUGUUUGCGUGAUUGAGUGAGUGUUUUCGAUUGGAUUUCAGCUGUCAGUCCGUCGACAUGGCCAAAUUUCUGGCGCUGUGCCUGCGCCUCGGCCUCGUCCUGCUCCUGGCCGCCGCCGCCGCCGCCGUGGCCGGGGCUGAGGUCAAGGCCGCCGACAAGGAAAUGACCCAGCUGAGCAUCGAGCAGUCCACGGAGUCGCCCAUUGCGGAUAUGGCGCUGAUUGAGGAUGCGCCCGUGGUGCCCAAGCAGCCCACCGAGAAGCCGCCCGUAGCCCAAGCCCAGGCCCAGGCCCCGACUAAGCCCCAGCCGAAGGCGGAGCCAUCGGCCGCAGCUGCUAGCAGCGAAAUGCCGGCUGCCAUGCCGGAACCAUCGGACGAGAAGUCCGCCCAGCCGCACACGGUCGCCGACUUCAUCAUCCAUCCCCUGAUCGCGUUCAAGCCGCGCCAGGCCACCGUCGAGGAGAUGCAGGCGCAGUCGCAGGGCAAGCAGGCGUCGUCCAGCUCGACCACGUCCAGCUCGCCGGCCACCUGGCUGUUCGGCAUGAAUCCGGGCCAGGGACUGGGCUCCUCCUUCUCGACGCUGGCCGGCUCCGUGUCCGGCUGGUUCAACGAUCGUCUGGCCGCUGCCGGGCAGCAGCUGCCCGCCCUGCCCGGUCUGCCCGCCCUGGUGGACACGCCCGUGCGCGACAGCGCCACCACUACCACCACCACCACCACCCAGCGUCCCGACAUUGUCGUCCGCCUCCAGCAGCGCCCGAACAGAAGGCGCGGCAAUCCCAACGGACUCAACAGCGCCAACGGCAUCCGGAAUGGCAACCGCAACGGCAACCGUAACGGGAAUCGCAAUGGCAAUCGCCACGGCAAUCUGAAUGGCAACCGCAUCCAGCGGCCGAAUCGCUUCAACAAUCACCUGGACUCGCUGGAGUCGCUGGAGGAGUACGAUGAUGUGGACUACUACGGUGGCAAUCGCUACGACGACGAGUUCUACGAUGAUGACGAUCAGGAGCUGAACGAUCGCGUGCAGAACGACGACGAGGACCAGUCGCUGGAGCAGAACGACGACGAGGACGACGAGGAGGAGGAGCAGCUGGAUCAGCAGUCCGCUGAGGAGCAGCCGCAAAAGCAAAAGCAAAAGCCCAAGCAACGCCGCCGACCCGCCCAGACGCAGGUGGUGCGACGCAAGCAGCCGCAGCAGCAACUGCAGCAGCAGCGCCAGCAGACGUCACAGAUCAGGCGUGGCCAGCCGCUGGCGUUGCUGGAGCAGGCCGACGACGAGGAGGAGGACGAUGCGGAGGCGGCCGUGGAGCUGGAGGAUGACGAGGACAGCGACAACGAGGAGACCUACGAGCCGGUCAUCUACAACAGUCAGGCCUCGCGCCGCUCCCAGAGCCAGCCCGGCUUCAUUCAGAGCAGCCAGCAGAAUCUGAUCAAUCAGAUACGCAGAUUCACCUUCGGACAGACGCCCGGCGAGAUCGGCAGCCGGUUCCGGCAAUCGCAGGCCGCCCAGAGCCGCCCAGCCACCAGGGCCGGCGUCCGUCGCCCGCAGCAGGCGACGCUGCUGGUCAAUCGCAACGGCCAGACGGUCUAUGUGGCGCCCGAGCUGCUCGGCCUCAGUCCCAGCUAUCCCGGCUACGGCUACGUGGCCACGGCCAGCAAGGUGCAGAAGCAGCGCGUGCCCGUCAGCUCCUACCCGCAGCCGCCGCUCACCGUGCCGCUGCGCCGCAAGGGCCGCCCCACCCAGUACAUCACGAUACCCUGGAGCCAGCUGGGCCUCUCCGCGCCGGACCGCCAGUCGGUGGUCUCGCUGGCCGAGGGCCUCCAGGCCCAGCCGCUGAUCCUCAACAUUCCCGAGAGCGCCAUCAGCAGCGUGCCCCUGCGCGGCAGCUCCACGGCCGCUGGACAGCAGCAGCAGCAGAAGAAGCGCAAGCGCCCGACAUUGACAGCAGCGGCAGUGCCUCUGCUGGCCGACGCCUCGCUCAUGGACAUCUUCCAGCCGCCGCAGAUUCCGCCCUCGCGCACCGGCUCCAGCUCCGGCUCCGGCUCCGCCUCGAGCGGGCCCAAGCCCAAGCCCAAGCCGGUGCUGAUCACCGCCAAGCCGGCCCAGGUGGGCGCCGGAAGCGGCCUGCUGCCCACGCGCAUACGCCCCGGCACGAUUGUGGAGAAGGCGCCCGCCAUGGACAACGGCGAGAAGGCAACCCCGGCCCAGGCGACGUCGAACGCGCAGAAGGAGCAGCCCGAGCAGCCGAUGGCCGAGGCGAUGCCCGCCGCUGCCGGCGAGAUGGCAAUGGCCAAUGCCGGCCCAGCCCCAGCCCCAGCCGAGCAGGAGUUCAUCAUUGUGGGCGAGGACGACGAGCCCGGCGUCUCGCGCCACGUCCAGCCGGUGUUUGGUGACGCGCGCUUCGUCUCCUACGGCGACUUCCAGCCCUACUUCGAUCUGGUGCAUCAGAAUCGACGCUUUGCGCUGCGCAAGGCGCGCCGUGCCCAGGAUAUGGAGGAGGACUCGGAGCCGGAUAACUGA